AUGUCGUGGCAACCGGAGGAGGAUGGAUUGAGGCAAUUGGCGGAGUACCUCAAGAACUCCUUGAGUGGACAUGACAGGAACAAACAGAAAGAGGCCGAGUUGAUGCUUGUGAAUGCUCGAAAUAACAAAGACUACGUGAAUUACUUAACCUACAUCUUCUGCGACCCGCAUUUCGGCCAGCAGCUGAGCCUGAACCCACCGAGUCUGUUCCUGAUCAGAUAUGCCGCGGCCAUCAACCUCAAAAACCACAUAAAAUUCUUUUACCAAACAAUUUCGAAGGACCAGCUGGAGUACAUCAAGGCCUCCACCCUUGCAGUUCUUCGUGACCCCAAUCCUCAGCUGAGAAGCUUUGCCGGCACGGUCAUCACGGAGACAGUACAACAAGGUGGGUUGCUUCAAUGGCCAGAGAUCCUACAAGAGCUGUUGUCGCUCGUUAGCAAUGCUACAGGGAACGUGUCGCCCGAGACCCAAGAGGGUGCCAUGUCCGCUCUGGCCAAGGUAUGCGAGGAUAACCGCAAACUGCUGGACAAGGAAUACCAAGGGCAACGACCCAUGUCGGUGAUUGUUCCAAAAUUGCUGGAGUUCGCGAGCCACCCGAAUCCCAAGAUCAGGGUGUUAGCGCUGAGUACGCUGAAGGCGUUCAUCCCGCAAAAGUCACAGGUGCUGUUCGCCGCAUUGGAUGUCUAUUUGCAGACCAUUUUCCAACUAGCCACCGAUCCCGAUGUGCAGGUGAGGAGGAUUGUGUGUCAGUCGCUCGUCCAGCUCGUCGAUUCAAGACCCGACAUGCUCGCUCCCCAUAUAGACGGGCUGGUGAAUUAUAUUCUCACCCAGCAGCAGUCGUCAGGAAACCCCGACUUGGCACUGGAUGCGGCCGAAUUCUGGUUAAGCGUGGGCGAACAAGAACAACUCCGCGAUCAGAUGGGACCAUACUUGGAGCGAAUCAUCCCUGUACUUCUGGCCGGCAUGGUAUAUGGAGAAGAUGAAGUGUUCAGGCUCGGCGGGGACGAGAACAACGCCGAUGUGGAGGAUCGUGCCGAGGACAUAAAACCCCAGUUCGCUCAAUCCAGGGCCGGCAGAGGCGUGACGUCAGAAAAAGAAGAAGGCGAGGCAAGCACUCCGCAAGCGAACGGCUCCUCGUCCAAAGAAGCGGAUCUCAGUGACGGCGAGAUUGAGGACGAGGACGAAGAUGACGAUGAAUGGGACGAUGAUGAUCCAGAGAAUGCCUGGAGUUUGCGCAAAUGCUCGGCCGCGGCUUUGGACGUGUUUGCGGUCAAUUACCAUGCCGCCGUGUUCAAUAUCAUCCUGCCGUAUCUCAAGGAGAACCUCUCUCACACCCUGUGGCCGAAGAGGGAAGCGGCCGUCCUCGCCCUGGGAGCCAUUGCGGAUGGGUGUAUGGACGUCGUCUCGCCGCAUUUGCCUGAGCUUGUCCCUUUCUUGAUUUCCCUUCUGGACGAUGAAGAACCCGUGGUCAGACAGAUUACCUGCUGGUGUCUCUCGCGGUACUCCGAAUGGGCGGCUCGGCUAGAAUCGCCGGCCGACAGGCAGCGAUACUUUGAGCCGAUGAUGGAAGGACUACUGAAACGGAUGCUGGACCAAAACAAAAAGGUGCAAGAGGCCGCGGCCAGUUCGUUUGCCAGUCUCGAAGAGAAAUCCGGGGAGAAGCUCAAGCCAUACGUGGAGCCCAUCCUCCGACAGUUCACCGAAUGCUUCCGACGGUAUAAGGACAAGAACAUGUACAUUCUUUACGAUUGUCUCCAGACGCUUGCCGACAAUGUGGGGUCUGACCUGGCCAAACCGGAACUGGUGGAUCUUCUCAUGCCGGUGCUGAUUGAGCGGUGGAACAAGAUCCAGGACGACUCGAGAGAGAUGUUCCCCCUGCUCGGGUGCCUGGGAUACAUCGCCAUGGCAUACGGCGACACGUUUGCACAAUUUGCCCCGCCCAUUUUCGACCGAUGCAUCAAAGUCAUCUACGCCAAUCUGCAGCAGCACAUGGCCUACAUGUCAGGGCAGGCAGUGGACCAGCCGGACAAAGACUUUAUCGUGACCGCACUGGACCUGUUGUCAGCAAUCAUCCAAGCCGUUUCGGCGGAGAAAUCGGCGCCGCUGGUGCAAAACUCGCAGCCGCAGUUUUUCGACCUUUUGACUUUUUGCAUGGAAGACACGACCACGGACGUGCGACAAUCGGCCUACGCGGUGCUGGGCGACUGCGCCAUUGCGCUGUACUCGACGCUCGACCCGUACCUGCCGAAACUGUUGCCGAUCGCGAUCCGCCAACUCGACCUGGACGCCAUGCCGGACGACGACUCGGACAACGGGUUUAAUGUCUUGGCCAACGUGUGCUGGUCUCUAGGGGAGAUUGCGGCGCGGGCGCCAACGUCGCGCAUCUCGCCUUACGUCGAACCCCUGUAUCAGGGUCUGGUCGGCCUCAUCAAGAACGAAGAAGUGCCGGAUCCAGCCAUGGAGAACGCGGCGACGGCGCUCGGCCGUCUGGGUAUACCCUGUCCCAUCCACCUGGCCCCGUUCCUUAAAGACUACGCCCCGCCCUUUUUGCACGCCAUGUCCAAGAUCAGCACCUCACACGAAAAGGCGUCUGCAUUCUUGGGCUUCAAUAAUGUCAUCGAGCGCAACCCGCAGGCCAUGGAGUCGUGUCUGGCUUUGUACUUUGCCGCCAUUGCCCAGUUCCCACAAAAGGGAAAGCAGGGCCAAGAGUACACUGAGGUACGGGCCAGCUUUGCUAGAAUCAUCCAAGGCUACGUUGAUCUUAUUGGAGCCGAUGGCUUCAAUGCCUUUUUGAAUACUUUGACGCCCCCUGUGAGAGCGAAGUUGAGAGAUGGAUAUGGUGUGGGUUGA